GGGGCGGAGGCAGAGAGAAAAGGGAAGGGGGGUUGUUGCAGGCGGAGGGGGGAGAGGCGGCUGAAUCGUGCGUUUUGAGGGGCAGUGGCAGAAAGUUAUGGAGUUAUGGAGCUGCACAGACUCCGGGCCCUGAAACAUCCAGGCUUGGAAACAACAAUGGGAGCUUCCUGAGAGAGCCUGUCUCUCCCUGUCUCUCCGCACCGUUAACCGGUGUCCGCGCCCCUGGCCUCCCCCGUGAAUGUCUGUCGCCAUGGCGAAGCGUGAAACCGGCAGCACCAGCCCGGUGGUGCGGCAGAUAGACAAGCAGUUCCUGGUGUGCAGCAUCUGCCUGGAGCACUACCACAACCCCAAGGUCCUGCCCUGCCUGCACACCUUCUGCGAAAGGUGCCUACAGAACUACAUCCCCCCUCAGUCCCUGACCCUGUCCUGCCCCGUGUGCAGACAGACGUCCAUCCUCCCGGAGAAGGGCGUGGCCGCCCUGCAGAACAACUUCUUCAUCACCAACCUGAUGGAGGUGCUGCAGAGGGACCCGGAGUGCUCGCGACCGGAGGCCUGCAGCGUGCUGGAGUCCGUCAGCGCUGCCGCCGCGGGGAAGCCGCUGUGCUGCCCCAACCACGAGGGCAAGGUGAUGGAGUUCUACUGCGAGUCGUGCGAGACGGCGAUGUGCCUGGACUGCACGGAGGGGGAGCAUCGGGAGCACGUGACCGUCCCGCUGAGGGACGUCCUGGAGCAGCACAAGGCCGCGCUCAAGAACCAGCUGGACGCCAUUCGCAACCGGCUGCCCCAGCUCACGGCGGCCAUCGAGCUGGUGAACGAGAUCUCGCGGCAGCUGACGGAGCGCAAGAACGAGGCGGUGAGCGAGAUCAGCGCCACCUUCGAGGAGCUGGAGCGGGCGCUGCACCUGCGCAAGAGCGCCCUCAUCAGCGACCUGGAGAGCAUCUGCAGCGCCAAGCAGAAGGUGCUGCAGGCCCAGCUGGCCUCCCUGCUCCAGGGGAAGGAGCACAUCCAGAGCAGCUGCAGCUUCACGGAGCAGGCCCUGGACCACGGCAGCGCCACCGAGGUCCUGCUGGUCCAGAAGCAGAUGAGCGAGCGGGUCGGCGCCCUGGCCCGCCAGGAGUUCCCCGAGCAGCCGCACGAGAACGGCCACCUGGACUGCCUGGUGGAGACGGAGGGCCUGCGCCGCUCCAUCCAAAACCUGGGCGUCCUGCUGACCACGGGGGCCGUGGGCCACACCAGCGUGGCCACGGGCGAGGGCCUCCGGCACGCCCUGGUGGGCCAGCACACCUCCGUCACCGUGACCACCAAGGACAAGGCGGGCGAGCUGGUGCGGACGGGCAACGCCGCCCUCCAGGCGGAGAUCGCCGGGCCCGACGGGGCGCGGGCCGAGGCGGAGGUGGUGGACAACAAGAACGGGACGUACGAGGUGGGCUACACCCUGCGCGCCGAGGGCGAGUUCUCCUUCGCCCUGCUGCUGUACGGGCAGCCCGUGCGCGGCAGCCCCUUCCGCCUGCGCGCCGUCAAGCCCUCCGACGUGCCGCAGUCCCCCGACGACGUCAAGCGCCGGGUCAAGUCGCCCAGCGGCGGCGGCGGCCACGUGCGGCAGAAGGCCGUCCGCCGCCCCUCCAGCAUGUACAGCACCAGCAGGAAGAAGGAGAACCCCAUCGAGGACGAGCUCAUCUACCGAGUCGGUACGCGUGGGCGGGAGAGGGGAGAGUUCACCAACCUGCAGGGCAUCUCCACCUCCAGCAAUGGCAGAGUGGUGGUGGCAGACAGCAACAACCAGUGCAUACAGGUGUUCUCCAACGACGGGCAGUUCAAGCUGAGGUUCGGGGUCAGAGGUCGCUCCCCCGGGCAGCUCCAGCGGCCCACGGGCGUCACCGUGGACAUGAACGGUGACAUCAUCGUGGCUGACUACGACAACCGAUGGGUCAGCAUCUUCUCCUCGGACGGGAAGUUCAAGAACAAAAUUGGAGCGGGCCGUCUCAUGGGUCCAAAGGGCGUCGCUGUGGAUCGGAACGGUCACAUAAUCGCCGUCGACAACAAGGCCUGCUGCGUCUUCAUCUUCCAGUCCAACGGGAAACUGGUGACUAAGUUCGGAGCCAGAGGGACCUCCGACAGGCAGUUUGCAGAAAAAAGCGGUGCACACUUAGCACUGGAGCAAAAGCUUAGUAAAUCUGGUCCCGCGUUCAGCCCUCACUUUGUCGCCGUGAAUAACAAGAACGAAAUCGUCGUGACGGACUUUCACAAUCACUCUGUGAAGGUCUACAACGCUGACGGGGAGUUCCUCUUCAAGUUUGGCUCCCACGGAGAGGGAAACGGCCAGUUUAACGCCCCCACAGGUGUGGCUGUCGAUGCCAAUGGGAACAUCAUUGUGGCAGACUGGGGCAACAGCCGAAUACAGGUGUUCGACAGCUCCGGCUCCUUCCUGUCCUACAUCAACACCUCGGCAGACCCGCUGUACGGCCCCCAGGGCCUGGCCCUGACGUCGGACGGCCACGUGGUGGUGGCGGACUCCGGGAACCACUGCUUCAAGGUGUACCGCUACCUGCAGUAGAGCGGAGAGAGAGAGCCGGGGCCGGGGCGGGGCGGGGCGGGGCGAGGGAGACGCAGGGAGUGUACGGGGUGCGGCGAUCUGUUUAUUCCCGCCUUCCGUUCCGUUUCUGCGUUUGCAGUGCAGCUACAUCGAAACUUUCCCCGACCUUCUUUCGCUACAAGGAUUUUAAAGCAACAAAUCGACAAAAGCGAGUCACCUUUUUUGUUACCCUUCGGACGAAGAGACUCGCCUUUCUUUUGCACCGGGAAAGAAACACAAAAGAAGGCUGUGUCCAGAGGAAACCGAGGGGUUCAAACGACGCAACUUCACCUUGACGAGGCUGUUCGAGAAGACGGUUUACGAGGCCUGUCGCAAACGCAAACAAGCUUGAACCUAUUCCAGCAGAAGACCAUCUCCAAACGCAUGAAGCUGUAGCCUACCAGAACAGCCACAAUCUGAAAGCAUUUAAUUCACAGUAGUUUUGGAAAGCUAACAGAGGAAAACCCUGACGGCCAAUAGAAAAAGGAAGAGUGGGAAAGAGAUUUAGACAGAAUUGCUUCUCAAUACAACAGCAAAUGUAAUCUACCCUUUCAGAAAUGCAGCCUUUUCAGAUGACUGCAACACCAUCCGUGCAUUUAAUCUUCAUGUAUAUUUACUUACACACACACACACACACACACACACCUGUAAAUUUACCUGCGGGCUAAAGCUCCACACUCCAUUUUAUGAACUUGCACACAUUCUAAUAGUCUUUGGCAGUUCAGAUAUCCACCAUUUUAGCACACACAGCAUAUGUGCCUAUGAGGCACACCGGGGUUGGUUUGUAGGACCAUAUUUAUUGGAGACAUCAACAGCACAAUAAUUAUGCACACUUGAUUUGUGCUCUUUUUAAAAGAGGAAUAUGUUUGCUUAAUUUAUUUUCUUUUCUACAUGAUUUUAUCUUUUACAAAUUAUUUUUCUAAUUUGAUGUGUCUAAAUAUUUUGUUUCGCUGCCAAAUCUCAAGUCCGAGCCAUCACCUAGUAACGCGCCAUACCAUAAUUACCAUACCGGUGGAAUUUUUACCUUUUCUGUACACCGUUUCCAUGACAACCUAGCGGAACCAAUCACAAAAACUGAACCCUCAUCAAAUGCAUCUGCCAAAAUUUCUAAAACUCGGUUGUUAUUGAACAUAAUAUAAGGUAAAGAGUAAUAUAUAUGCCUAUGUGUAUAUAUAAAUAUUAUUGUCAUAUAAAGUAUGCUAUAUGUAUAGAAUAUCAUUGUUAUUACUGUGGAGAAAAAAAAAUCAUUGCCAUCAAUUGGUCAGUAUUUCUCCUUAGUUUGCAGUCACCCUUAUUUGGACUCACUUUGUGUUCAUGGCACCCGAGCCAUGAUUAUCAUUAACCUUUGGCCUACCAGUGUGGAUAGAGUGUUAUUGGCUUUGACCAGCACUUUUCCUAUAGAUUAAUCUUUUUCGUCUGGUGGAUUUUGAGUGUGGGAAUACGUUUCAGUCGAGCUGUAUAUGCAAAGUCACUAUUGUUCAGUUACUUCCACAAAGUCACUAUUGUUCUGUUACUUCCUUUCACAAAAAAAAAAAGGUUGUGAAAAGGAAAUGGCUGACAGCAAGGUUGGUGGAGUACUUUAUUAUAUAUUAUUUUGUAUGGGUAACUUUCUGCAUGCUGAUGGUUAGGAUGGUUAGGAUGGUUUGAUAUCGAGGUGCAGGUUACAGCAGUGCUCCCAGCCCUUGUGUUCUCCCCCCCCCCCCCCCCCCGGGGCCAGAGGGAACUCAUUUCACCUCUAUGUGUUAGCUCCACAUACUGGUUAAACGGUAAAUUAAAACAUCACCUGUUCUACAAUCAUAUUCAUUACAACCCAAAUUCCUACCAUGUGUGUGAACUGUCUCAGAUCCCUCCAAUGCGUGAAAUCAUGCUUGGAGGAAAAAGAGAGAAGCUAAAAAAAAAAAUCUGUCAUUGUGUGAACAAAAAGAAAACCUACGUAAUACAUCAAAGAAAAAUAGUCACCUGUGUAUUCAUGUUUUACUCAUUGGUUUCAACUGAAGCAGUAUGUAGUACAAAUUGUAAAUAUUAAACUGAAAAUAAGC